AUGGACCUCUUCUCAGGCAAUGGCGGUGUCUCUCGGGCCAUUCACUCCAUGGGAUUUAAGUCAAAGUUUUGGGACAUCAAGCACGGCAGCGCCCAUGAUCUCACUGAUAACUCUGUCAUUGACCGCAUCAUCCGUGAAAUCCGAAAGGGCAAGGUUCUGGCGUGCAUGAUGGCCCCUGUUUGCACAAGCUUCAGCGUUGCCAGAGACAGAACUCAGGUGAUUCGCAGCAGACGAUUCCCUUGGGGCAUUCCCUCACGUUUUCUUAGUGAGAAAGAGAUCGCCGAUAUUCGUCUGGGGAACGCCUGUUUCCGCAGUUGUUUUCGCAUUUUGCAAGCCUUGGAUGAACACCGAGUGCCUUACAUCCUCGAGAACCCCGACACCUCUAAGGCCUGGUACUUGCCGCAGAUGCGUCGUCAGUUGGCGCUGCCCUGGGCUAAGUACAUUCGGAGUGACUUCUGCUGUUUCGGCACCCCUUGGCGAAAAAGAACAGGUUUUCUCUGUGGGCACGUCCCCUGCGAGGAUCUCACACGGCUCUCCAAAGUUUGCAGCUCAGUGAACCACACCUGUGACUUGACUGGCAAGAAGCAUGUGCGCUUGACAGGGAAUCGCCAUGGGAUCCCUUUGACAAAGUGGGCAGAGCCGUACCCGCAAAGGUUGUGCACUGCGUUGGCAUUUGCUUUGACCGCCCAGCAACAUACGAGCCUGGCUUCCAGAUUUCAGUAA